AUGAGCGCCGACAUCCAGCGGUACGAGCCGCACAUCCGGCACAUCCUCAACGCGCCUGGCGUGGACCUCACCACAAUCAGCGCCAAACGCGUCCGCAAGCAGCUCGUCGAGAUGGACGACUCGCUCACCGCGGAGUUCGUGCGCGAGCACAAGGAUGGGUUCGACAGCAUCAUUGCGAGCGUGUACGAGGAGGUUAGCGCCGCGCAGGCGAAUGACAGCAAGGGCAAGCGAAGGAGCCGCGACGACGAGGAAGAGGAGGGUUACGCGAACGGGGACGGCGACGGAGGAGACGAGGGAGAUGAAGGCGACGAGGGCGAAGAGGAGGUCGAGGUGAAGCCUAAGAAGGCGAAGAGAGCGAAGAAGGGCAGCCUCACGGACGAGGAGAUGGCACGGCAGCUCGACAGUGAGAUUAACGGCCGCCAACGCAGUUCGCGGGCUUCGUCAACGUCGACGCGGGGUCGGGGUCGGGGCGGCAAGAGGGGUGGUAAGAGGGGCGCGAAGAGUUCGGCCACUGUCAACUCUGACGGCGAGACCGUGGACGAUGCCGGCGAGGUUGUGAAGAAGAAACGUGGAGGGGGCGGGUUCAAGAAAGAAUACGUACUGAGCGAGCCUUUGGUUGCUGUCGCUGAGGUGGACAAGCUUUCGCGGCCACAAACCGUCAAGAAGCUGUGGGAAUACAUCCGGCGCAAUAAUUUGCAGAACCCAGAAAACAAAAGGGAGAUCAUCUGCGACGACAAGUUCAGGGCGCUCUUCAACGUGGAGAAGAUUGACAUGUUUACCAUGAACAAACAGCUCGGUCGUCACUUACGGGAGCCCGACGUCGACCCGGAGGCAUAG